GACAUUGAAAAAGCAGCAUCAGAUCUCGGAGUCGAAGAAGUAUACUCAUCGCUCUGCUCUAUACACCAAAAUCUGCGAACCACAGCAAAACUCACACAGCCGAUUAUUAACUCGAAAAACCAAUUUGACAAUGGAAUCAAAUCAAUCCAAUCAGCAUAAUAGCCUACUCGCCUCUGAAGCUGACUCUCAAAGAACUCUGUACCCAUAUGUUACGGGCACAUCUGUAGUUGCUAUCAAGUACAAGGAUGGGAUUCUCAUGGCGUCUGAUAUGGGAGGCUCCUACGGAUCUACCCUGCGAUACAAGAGUGUGGAGCGCAUAAAGCCUGUUGGAAAACAUUCUCUUCUUGGUGCAAGUGGGGAAAUAAGUGAUUUUCAGGAGAUUUUACGUUAUCUUGAUGAGCUUAUCCUGUACGACAACAUGUGGGAUGAUGGAAAUUCUUUGGGGCCCAAAGAGGUGCACAGCUAUUUGACUCGGGUGAUGUAUAAUAGGCGUAACAAGUUUAAUCCACUGUGGAACUCACUUAUUCUUGGUGGAGUUAAAAACGGGCACAAGUACCUUGGCAUGGUUAGCAUGAUAGGUGUGAACUUUGAGGAUGACCAUGUAGCGACUGGAUUCGGAAAUCACCUUGCCCGCCCUAUUCUUCGUGAUGAGUGGCAUGAGAACUUGAGUUUUGAAGAUGGUGUCAAGUUAUUGGAGAAAUGUAUGCGUGUACUUCUAUAUCGUGACCGCUCAGCUAUCAACAAGCUUCAGAUAGCAAAAAUCACCGAGGAAGGUGUAACUGUUUCUCAGCCAUACUCAUUGAAGACGUUCUGGGGAUUUUCUGCUUUCCAGAACCCAACAGUUGGUGCCGAGGGAUCGUGGUAAGCUCACCAGCUGCAUGGAACGGUGUGGCUCUCGCAUUUAUAAAGUUGUUCUUGAAUUAUUUGUAAUUGUUGGACAUCUAAGUUAAUUAUCAUAGCCUGGACCUCGUUGUCAUUAAUAGCAGAAUGGUUGUUUAAAUUAACAAAUGCCGACUGAUUAUUUAAACAAGAUUUUCUGUUCAUAAGAAUUUGGCUUGAUCUGGACGUCGUCCCCUGAAAUCGUGUCAUCCAUUUCUCUUUUAUGAUGCUUUUAUGUAAUUAUGGUAAGAUGUGUGGGACUAAACUGUUAUAAGCUCAGUUUGAAUUAUUUUUGAUUGAAUAAUUCAGGGAGCUUAUGGCCGUCAAUCUAGUUGUGAUGAAGACAAAUGGACUGUAACAGACUUACAGUACGUAGGAA